GGCCGUCGUCGAGUGCGGUUGUUUUGCUUGGCCCUCUUGGCUUAAUCGGCGAUUUCGUGACGGAACGCGACACUUGGCGCGUGUUUAAAUUAUUUGUUUGUUCGAGCACAAAAUUCAAUAUUACAAAUUUGCUGAAAAUGCUUGGAGACAGCUUAAGCGGGAGGCGCAGGUCGCCUGCAAUUUAAAGGGACCAAAACCAAAAAAAAAAAAAAAAUAAAUCAAAAUAAAAAAAAGGAAGCGAAAAUAAUAUAGCAAAAAGUAUACAGAAAGUGCACGUAGAAAAACGAUCGCAAUGCCCACGAAGGCGGCAAGAUCGGCAGCCGACUACGAUUCACAGGAUGAGGCCAACACAGAGCUGCUGGAGAAGCUGAAACAUCUCGAUCGCCGUGUCGAGGCCGUUGAGAGCGGCGGCGGUGGCUUGUGCAGUCGCAGCGCUGCCUGCUGGCAGUCGCUCAAAUGGAAAUCGGCUUUAAAUCACAUCGGAUUGCUUGUCUCGCUGUCCAUCUACUGCGGCGUGGGCGGAUUGAUCUUUCGACAUUUGGAGCGACCCGCGGAAGUGGAGCGUUUGACACAGCUGAAGGAUGUGGUGAAAUCACAGCGGGAGCGCUUCAUGAGCACCAUUCUGAAUAAUACCGAAGUUAACAAUCUCAAUGAGCUGCUCUCCUUUGAGCUGGCCAAAUAUGAAGCGGCCGUACAAGAGGCGGCCGAGGGCGGGCUGCUUAUAGUAGCCGAUAAAGACUUUCCAGAGCCCUAUGAGCGCUGGAGCAUACUACAAGCUGUGUUCUUCUCAUCUACUGUGUUAACCACCAUAGGGUAUGGCAACAUUGUGCCAGUUACGAUCAGUGGUCGUGUAUUUUGCAUUUGCUUCGCCCUCAUCGGCAUACCAUUUACGCUGACAGUCAUCGCCGACUGGGGCAGACUCUUUGCCAGCGCCGUCUCCGUGUUCGGCAAGCACAUGCCCACCAAGCCAAAGUUUACGAAUUUCAUUGGCAAGACUUGGUUCUAUGCGAUACUCGCUGUUGGCUUUCUGGGCGUCUAUUUGGCAGCGGGAGCUGGAUUGCUGCUGCUCUGGGAGGAUGACUGGACAUUCUUUGAUGGGUUCUACUUCUGCUUUAUCACAAUGACAACCAUUGGCUUCGGCGAUCUGGUGCCUAAGAAACCCAACUAUAUGCUGCUCUGCACGUUGUAUAUACUCAUUGGCUUGGCUCUCACUUCGACCAUCAUUGAGCUGGUGCGUCGUCAGUAUGCCACCAGCUGGGCCAAGCUGCAGGAACUUUCGGGUCCCAUGGCGGAGACAUUACGUCGUUUGGGCGAAACGGCGGGCACGGGUCUCGAUUAUGCCACACUGCAAAAAGUGUUAACCGUAUCCAUGCCCAAGUGGAGCAGCAACAAGAAGAACGAACACAAUUCGGAUAUUGCUGCGCUGGAGGCUAUAACCAAUGCCAUACUCAAGGAGGUGAAGGAGGCGCAGAAUAGCAAACCGAAAGUGCUGCAAAUUGUCAUUUACGAGUCAUCCGUUUAGAGACUCAUGUUUCACACCUGCAAAACAAAACAAAAGAGAGCGCUUCCAGCCUUCCACACAACACACAAAAAAAUCACAGCAUACUUUUAGGCUUAGUCAGAAAAUAAUAUCAUAUAGAAAGUGUUAGUAAUUACCACAUACAUACAUACAUACAUACAUAUAUUUAGUAGUUAGGUUGUUGUCUGUCGAGUUGUCCCAUGUUCAUUGUCGUGCCAUCUACAGUGUGCACUCGCUAUGUUUGCCACUACUUGUCAUUGUUUGUCCAGCCAACGACUUCCAUAAGCUAAUUUCUACACUACUCUAUACAUAUUUCUAAUUGUAAUUGUACAUUGUAAAAAAAUGUCUGGGUAAUCAUAUUGCUCAUACGUACUGAAAACACACAAAUACACACAAACUUACUCAUUAGCUGCAAUACAUUUUUUUUUAUAGUAUAUAUUUUAAGGUUAAUAUUAUCAGCGUUAGGUAUGGAACUACUAACUAAAUAAUCAUGCAUCAAUGUCCAAUAUAAUAAACAAACAAAAAA